AUGAUCAGCGCGGUAGUCCAAGUCCCCUUUUCAGGUUAUGGACAGCUCAACCAGACAGGGACCGGUCUCCGCCAGAGAACUUACGCUCGGUCAUUCAUUUUUGCUGAUCCUGCCAACCUCACUAGCUCUUUCAUUUACGUGGUACUCGAUACUCAAUCGGGUGAUACUGCAGUUCGACAUGGCAUUCUUCAAGGGCUUCGAAACCUUGGAGGGAAAUAUGGAAAUUUUGGAGAACAUAAUGUCGCUGUGUGUGGCACACACCAGCACUCUGGGCCGGGGGGAUGGAUGAAUUACUUACUUCCUCAGAUAGCGACACUUGGCUCUGAUAAGCAGACUUAUAACGCAAUUGUUGAGGGAACUCUUCUUUCGAUCCAAAGAGCAUAUGACAGUCUUGCCCCCAGCACGAUCAGCGUCGGUACUAUCGAUAUUCCGGAUGGAAAUAUCAACCGCAGCCCAUAUUCUUACUUGGCAAACCCGGCAGCUGAACGAGCUCAGUACAGUUCGGAUACGGAUACAACAAUGACACUCCUGGCGUUCGAUCGUCUCUCAGACGGUAAAACUACUGGUGUAUUGUCAUUUUUCUCUGUGCAUGGCACCUCGCUCUACAAUAACAACACGCUCGUUACAGGAGACAACAAAGGUGUUGCAGCCUAUCUCUUUGAGAGAAGCGUUGCUAACGAUACUCGAUUUGCUGAUAAUUUUGUCGCUGGCUUUUCACAAUCAAGCGUUGGAGACUCGAGUCCCAAUGUGUUGGGCCCAUUCUGUGAAGAUACGGGAUUGCCGUGUGACUUCAAAACCAGCACAUGCAAUGGCCGGACUGAGCUUUGUCAAGCGCGUGGCCCUUAUUUCAGCGAAGGUGACAACGGAGCCAAAAGUGCAUUUGAGAUGGGCCGUCGCCAAUACAACGCCGCAUUUCAGCUAUAUGAGCAAAUAGCCUCCGGCUCGGGAGUACUGCUCUCGGGAGAAUCGGCGGUGGCGUCUUACCAUACGUACCAGAACAUGUCGGGUUACGAAUUCAUUUCUCCGUUCAAUGGUAGUCUUCAAUCGACUUGUUACGCAGCCUUGGGUACUUCAUUUGCAGGAGGAACCAGUGAUGGACCGGGGGCCUUUGAUUUUACUCAGAAUAAUACGUCUCCCAAUCCCUUUUGGCAGCUCGUGCGGGGUGGGCUUCACCAGCCAGGGCCUACACAAAUUCAGUGUCAAUCUCCCAAGCAGAUCUUGUUUGACGUUGGAGCUAUGAACAAACCAUAUGCUUGGGCUCCUGAUAUUGUUGAUGUUCAAGCCCUUCGUCUUGGCCAACUCCUUGUCAUAGUUUCUCCAAGUGAGAUCACCACUAUGUCUGGACGUCGAUGGAAAGCCGCCAUUGCGGGCGCGGCCGAAAGUGUUCUAUCCAUCCCCGAUCCUAUCAUUGUUCUGGCAUCUCCAGCAGACUCGUACGCACACUACAUCACAACAGAGGAGGAAUACGCCGUGCAGCGUUAUGAAGGGGCAUCAACCCUUUACGGACCCAAUCAGCUGGCGGCAUACGUGAACCUUAGUCUGACAUAUCUGCCAUAUCUUGGAGUCUCAAAAGAGGUGGUCAGAUUGCCCAAACUCCCUGAAGGCCCCAGCCCUCCAGUUACUACGAGUUACUCUCUCUCAUUCAUCCCUGCUGUCGUCUUCGACAGCCCUGCUAUUGGCCAUUCGUUUGGGGAUGUCCUAUCUUCUUCGCCAACCCAUGUCUACUCGGUGGGAGAUUACGUUUCAGCCACCUUCGUUGGGGCUAAUCCGCGUAAUGACCUGCGCUUAGAAAAAACUUAUGCAGCUGUGGAAAUGAAAAUUGACGGUAUUUGGGAAGUUGUACGCACUGACGCGGACUGGAACCUGGUCUUUCAAUGGAAGCAAACAAACGUACUGCUGGGUACGAGUCAAGUGAGCUUGACCUGGCAGAUUGAGGAUCCGUACUACCUUUCAGGCUGGGGCAAGGCUCUACAAAGCGGGACAUAUCGUCUGCAUUAUUAUGGAGAGUCCAAGGAUCUGUUUGGGACCAUCUCCUCUUUUGAGGGAGUGGGACCUGAGUUUAGCCUCCAAAUAUAG